GAUUUUUUGUUUGGGUUUGUUUAAACCUCGUUCUGAUGAGAAAAAAGAAGUUUGUUUAUAUUUACAAUUUUUAUAUUUCUCUCCUUGUUUACGAAAAUAUACAACCACGUCCCCGAACUUCUUAGGGUUCUUUUUAGCAUUGGGAUUGAAACUGAAGAAGACGUUGAUGUAUUGUGGAUGUAAAAAAUAUAAUAACUUUCGUUAUUAAUAACUCUCGUUCAAUAAUAACCUCUUUCAACUGAAAGUGGGACAACAUUUGAAAAUGGGUUUAAACAGUUGAAUCAGCCCACGGCGAGUUAAGUUUUAAAAAAAAACAAAGCGAACUGGAAGCUGGCAUUACAUUAUUUUACACAUAGUUUCAUUUUGAACAGUUAUGAAUCCUGAUAUGAAUAUACUUGAAAGGCGAAAACACAUAUACAGAAACGAUACUCUGGCCAGCACUCUACAGCAGACAGUCUGCAAAGUUUUUACUCUUGUGCACGCGUAAGAUAGACGAGUUUUGCUAAUGGUUUUUUCUAGCGCGCAUACAUAACAGAAUAAUACACGUCAAGGCCAAUGAAGAUGCCGAAAUUCGUGGAAAAUGGUUGCGCAGCAACAAUUAGACAUUUCGAGAGAGUGAAUUUAAUCCAACUUCGUCCCCAGUGGCUUUUUCCUUUUUCGACAUCGAGGUCAAGUAAGCGCUAGCGGCUUAGACAUAGGCACAAAAACCGGGGACGAGGAAGUCCUAAAUCCUAAACAUCGAAAAAUAAGUUGUCGACAAGUGUUCAGUUUAUAAAAAUUGGGUGUUUAGAACUGUUGAAAAUAUAACCUUUAGAACAUUUACAUCCUCUGUGAAUAGCGAAAGAAAAAGACAACCUCGUUUUCGGAUCCUUCUGAAAUCACAAGCUAAAGGGACGGGGGAACGAAGGGUGAGAGAAAAGGAAGAAUGAAAUGUAAAAACAAAUUAAAGUAAAAAAAUAUCAUCAAAAUUCUAAUAUAAGAUAUUUUUCUUUUAUAUAUAAUUUUUUUUUUAGUUAUAAUUCUUUAUCUCAGUUAUAAUUUAAGUACCCAGUGAACUUGCAAAGACAGAAAAAAAUUAUUCGACAUAGAAUAUGUUCCAACCAUUUCCCAGCGCAUUUUGCCUUGUUGAUGAAGUUGAUAGCGGCGUAAUAACGGCCCCAGGGGCCACAAGACCCUGAUGACAAGGUUGAAAAUGUUUGACUUAAAGGAAUAAGUUUUUUUCCUUAUAUCUCUUCUCUAAUUCAAACAUUUAAACAAACAGAACAAGGUACACCAAUAUCUAUUCGAGAUAAUACGAUAUACGAGGAAUUUCCUGUACAAAAUUUUAAUUAAAGUGAAAACCCUAGUCAAACUAAUACAAUACGUAUGAUAUACGUAAACAAACUCGCGAAUAAAGUUUACAAAAAGCUGUCUAUCAAAUUGUGAUUUCUGUUACGAAGUUAGACACGACAUAUUUUGUUAUUCGGAUAGGCAAUAAUAUUUGUUACGCAUUAUGCAAAAAUUGAUUUGUGAGAUCUUCUUGAACGAAAAAUUCCUCGAACGUGAAGCCCAGAAGAGGAAUUCAGAAAGUUAAUGGCCGAUAAGACUUUGUUUCUCUCUUACGUAAUGUUGUAGAAGUUUUUGCAGACUACUUUCCAGGCAUUUGGGAGACCUUAAUUCUGCCUACAUUCACUUUUGUAAACUUUGGUGGAGACACUUUUACUUUACCGGUUAGUUAAAAAAUAAUUACCAAGAUGAGAUUCGAACACAUGACUACUCCCGUUUCGGUGCUCAGAGAGGCAAAAAUUUCCAUUCUUGUGGGACACAUUUGCGUUUUAAUACAAGCUCACGAGCUUGUAAAAAGCUAAAAAAUAGAAUUUUUGAGGAAUUUUUAAAAGAAAACAAAUAUUUUUGAGUACGAGGUUGCUAAUCACAUUUGCUAAAUUUCAUGCUCAACAAAAGCAAGGAGUUUUUGCACGGUUUUCAGCUUCUGGAAAUUUUGACAAGUUUACAAUGUUUCUUUCCGCUUGACUUCAGAUAAAUUACAACAAUGAUUUUAAAUAUAUUUGAGAUUUUAAAAGACGAAUUUACUCCAUGAUUCAUGUGAAUAUUAAGUAGACGCGAUAAUCAAGUGAAAAAUUUAUCGAGAGGUUGCACUCUUCACGUGAGCACGAUGCCAGAUGAAGAAUUGGAGUUCACAGAAUAUGAGAAAAUGAACAAAGAUAUUACGAAAUUUGAAGAUACAUCACAUUUUUCUAAAGUUUCAUGGAUGGUGACAGAGAAAAUUCACGGCGCUAACUUCAGUUUUCAUACAGACGGAAAAACAGUUCGCACAGCCAGAAGAAGAGGCUUGCUAGACAAUGGUGUUAAUUUUUUCAACUGUUUGACUGCUGACUUUAUGAAGAAACAGCCAGAAAAAAUGAAUGACGCAUUUAGGGCUGUUUGCAGUUUGCAUCCAGAAAAAGAAAUUGUACAAGUGUCUGUGUAUGGAGAGCUAUUCGGAGGUAAAUACAUCGUAAACGGUAAAGCUCUUCAUAAAAAAAAUAUAGGUCCGAUACAACAUCAGGUCCAAUACAGUCCAAAUAUUGAAUGGAAUGCUUUUGAUAUCUCCUACAGAACUAAACAAGAUUUGGAUCAACAGGCAUACGUUGACGCUGAUGCAGCAUUAAAGAUUUUUGAUGACCUUGGCAUCCUAUACAUCAAGCCGCUUUUUAUUGGACCAAUGAAUGAGGCGCUAAAUUAUAAACUUGGUUUCGACUCUACUAUACCUUCGAUAUUAGGAUUGCCUCCCUUAGAAAAAGGAACAAAUAAAGCAGAAGGGAUUGUUGUCAAGCCGGUGAAAAACUUAGUUGGUACAGUGGAAGGAGAAAAACAGCGAGUAAUCGUAAAAGUGAAAUUAGAAGAGUUUAUUGAGAUGUGCAGAAUACCACAACCUAAAGAGAAUAAAGUGAAAGAACGAUCAUUACAAGCAAAGAUAUUUGACUACGCAAACAAGAUGCGCUUGAUCAGUGCAAUAUCUAAGAUUGGUGCUCCUAAAACUCCUGAAAUUGAAGAAGAAAUACGCGAAGAAUUUAUGAACGAUGUUUUUGUAGAUGUUAAAGAAAACGAAGCACUGCAAACACAAUGGGAAAGUGCGGAUGAAGAGACAAAAGUUAAAAUAAGAGAUAUAAUGAAAAGAAAAGUAGACGGUUUAAUAAAACAAUACAAGCAAAAUGAUAGCUGAUAAAUCCUUAACUUCAUAAAUAUAAAAAAAACAAAUAUUUAUUUGUCUAAAUUUUAAUGACGCGUUGUUCUCAGGUCAUUUUGUAUCUUUUUACAUAUCAUCGUGAUGCUGAGAGCCUGGGAACGAAUUUAGUUAUCUAUCGAGUGAUACGUAUUUUUUAGGCCACUGGUUAUUAUUUUCAAAGGUAUUAAAAACGAGCGGGACGAGACCUUUAAAUGUACCGAAUUGAUCAUGUACCUUUAAAACUUACCAGUAUACAGAUGCGGUAUAAUCAGUGCCAUAGAAAUGAGGCCGUUUAAAUUUAAAGACCAGAAUAUGUAAGACGGGCAAUUCCUUCGAAUUUUCAGCGACUACAAUUUGUAUAUUAUCGUAUUUUGAUGUUAUUUAUUUAGUCGAGGUAAUAAAUAAGUAAAUAACA